AUGACUGCUUUGUGUCAUGACAUGAUAAACAAGGAAAUGGAAGUCUUCGUGGAUGACAUGAUCAUCAAAUCUCACACAAUUGAAGGACACUUUGAAGACCUCAAGAAGCUCUUCGAUAGAUUGGAAAAGUUUAAGCUCUGCCUCAAUCUACAAAAAAUGCGUCUUCGGUGCAACUGGAGGCAAACUGGUAAACCAUUGUUACUCAACAUCUCUGUCGCAGUAGAAGCGAUCAGGUGCAUCCUCAGCCAACAUGACGCUUCAGGAAGAAAGGAACAAGUGAUCUACUACUUAAGCGAAAGGGUCACCAGCUAUGAAUCCAAGUAUUCUAGCUUAGAGAAAACAUGCCUCACUUUGGUCUGGGCAACACAACGGCUUCGACAAUACAUGAUCGCCUAUCCAAUCCUUCUGCUUGCCUGCAUGGACCUGUUAAAAUGCAUGUUCGAAAAGUCGGCAUUAACAAGUAGGAUUGCAAAAUGGCAACUGCUACUUUCGAAGUUCAACAUCACCUAUGUCACUCAAAAAGCAAUUAAGGGGCAAGCACUGGUUGACCACCUAGCAGCACACUCUCUACCUGAUUAUCAACCAUUGAUCUCGACGAGGAUAUCCUCCUUAUCAAGGGAGAAGAAGAAAGGAAGAUUGCAAGUCUUUGGAGACACACAACUCAUCAUCAAGCAGACGAACGGUGAAUGGAGGACCAAAGAUGAAAAGUUGAUCGCCUAUCACAUCUAUCUGGAAAAUUUAACUGAAGAAUUCGAUGAAGUCACAUUCUCGUACAUGCCCCGAGCUAAAAAUCAGUUCACAGACACCCUUGCCUCAAUGCUAGAGAUUCCUAAGGGAAUUUCUGAGUGGGAACUUACCGUAGAGCUUCAAGAGGUGCCCGCCUUCUUCUUUUUGCAAAUUGAUGAAGCAGAAGCCUCCCCAUGCAACCAGCCAUGGUAUGCAGACAUCAGAGAAUACCUCGAGCACCAAAAAUACCAUAAAGGAGUUGCAUCAACCGAUCGUCGCACCAUCCAACGACUGACAGCUCAAUUCAAGAUCACCGGGGGUAUCCUCUAUAAGCGAUCCUUCAAUCAAGUCCUCCUCCGCUGUGUGGAUGAAACAGAAGCAGCCAAAAUCAUGUCAGAAAUCCACGAAGGACUGUGUAGCCCACAUAUGAAUGGUCAUAUGAUAGCGAAAAAGAUACUACGGCUUGACUAUUAUUGGCUAACGAUGGAGACAGACUGCUGCAAACAUGUCAGGAAAUGCUUCAAAUGUUAG